GAUGGAUUCUGGUAGGAACGGGAUGUCUGUGUUGGGGAAUAUUAAUAUUGCGAUUUUAUUGCUGCAAGUCCAAGCAUUUCAUUGUCAGUUAUGUACAGAUGAGCGUAUCCUGCCGCUACCCGAUUUCGAUAAUGUUGAAGUAAGAGAGUACGUCUUGUGGGAGGUAUUCGCAGAGAAACUAGAGUGUUUAAGAAAAUGUUACUAUGAUGUUCGUUGUCACAGCUUCCAGACUGUGGGGGGUUCUUCUGGUAGGUGCACGGGCCAUGCUACGGCGUUCUCCAGCCCCGACAAGAUCUACUCCCCCACCACUGUUUCGGCGGGAAACAGGAUGUAUCUACUACCACGAGGUUUUCACUACGUUGGCAGUGCAUGUACUAGUGAUGGCGACUGUACGCUUGAAAACACCUCGUGCAAUGAUGGAACUUGCAACUGUGACAUUGGAAUCAUGUUUUCAAUUGGGAAGAGAGCGUGUGUGACAGGUUGCACCGAGUGGGGAAACGAAGCUGUACGAUAUUUGAAACAUUCCAUAUCUGGCUACAAUGAUGUUACCCUGACUGGGGUAACCGAGGCUGAAUGCCGUCAACGCUGCCUCGCCGCGAACACAAGCACCUUCACCUGUACCACAGCGGACCACCUAAAAAGUGCCUGCUACUUGUCCAGCGCUACCUUUCUGUCCGUUCCAGAAAGCAACCGUAAGGUUGGCACAGCUUAUACCCAUUACCAGCGCACUUGCUUGUAAAUUCACCUUAAGAUGUUGUUCAUUUAUGUAACCAACGUGCCUGUGUAAACUGUGACAAGUUGUCUGUGUGUCAACCUUUGACUUUUAGAAAAGCCUAAUGGUGCAACUUUGGUAGCAUAUAUAAUUAUUUUAUAAAUCGACAUUCCUCGUUAUUUCAAUUAUAUGUUUAUUUUCUCGAAAGUUCGAGUUUUUCUCGUUAUCUCGAUUAUAUUUUCGUGAGUUCAGUUUUAAUUUCAUGUUUAUUUCCCUUCAAAUUUCGAUUUUUUUCUGGUUACUUUGAUUGUGCUCUCCUUAAUUCGAUUAUUUUCUCGUUAUUUCAAGUUUAUUUCAAAAACACGAAAUUUCGAAUUUUGUUCUCGUUCUUUCAACUAUUUUCUCUGAAUAACGAUUAUUUUCUCGUAAUUUCAAUCAUUUUCUCGAAAUUUCAAGUUUGAAAAUAAACUUGAAAAAACAGGAAAUGAUCGAAAUUACGAGAAAUUAUCGAAGUAACGAGAAAGAAAUCGAAGUUUUGAAAAAGAUAACUGAAUAAAGGAUUUAAAAAAACAACACAUUCCUGCUACCAAAGUGGCACCACUAGGCUUUCGAAGGAAUUUAGUAACCUACUUUAUGUGUGAAAGCUUGCAAGCUGUGGGUGUCAACCUUUGACUUAUGUGUAUUCAGUCUAUCAAUGCAGAGUUGCAUCUUUUGGGCGUGCCAAAACGUUAAGAAGUGUAGUCAGAUGUACACACAGCGACAAAACGAAACAAGGUAACAAUUCAAACAUAUUUCUG